CAGAGAGAGAGGAAAGCCCCUCCUACAGGAAACCAGCGUUCCACUCAGCAUGGCCUUUUAAGGAUAACCACAGGUACGAGUCUGCCGAAGAGAGAGGAAAAGUCAGAAAGGAUGAAAAAUAAAGACGAGUGUGAACAAAGGAGAAGAAAGAAAGCAAUGUGAAAGUCAGGGAGAAGUGAAACACAAAAACAGGGGGACGAUGGGCGUUCAACACUACUGGAUGCUGCUGCUGUUGGUCGACUGCCGGGAACAGAUUGCAGGAGCUGUAAACGGCAUCAGCCCAUAUAUAAAGCAUUAUGAGGGUUUGUCAUACGACAGGGAGGAUUUUCACAAGAGGCACCUGAGAGCCAAGAGGGCCACACAUCAGGAAUACACACUGAAACUGGACUUCUCUGCUUUCCACAGAACCUUUCGCCUACGCUUGAAACGCAACUUAGCAGUGUUUUCUGAAAAUUUCAAGGCCGUCUAUGAAAAUGGUUCCACAUCAGCUGACCUCUCACACAUUUAUUCAGGAACACUUGAGGGUGAACAUGGCUCUGCCUGCCAUGGUUCUGUGUUAGAAGGUCAGUUUGAGGGAACCAUCCACACAGACAAUGGGACUUAUCAUGUAGAGCCAGCGCAUAGAUACGACAGCAACCAGACAGAUUACCACUCAAUAAUCUACCAUGAGGAUGACAUUGUCCUGCCAUCACUUACUGCAGGCCCUGGUGGAUUCUGUGGUGCAGAUUAUUUCAAGCUCCUUGCCCAGCACCUCGGACAUGAUGAGGAGGCAGCAGCGAGCCGAUCAAGAAGAACUGCAGAUGAGUCUAAGACUACCUGCCUGCUCCAUUUCUAUGCUGACCACCUUUAUUACAAGAGGUUCAAGUCUGCAGAAGCUGUAGUGGCUCAGGUUGCCUCCUACAUGCGAGCAGUGAACGACAUCUUUGACAAAGUGGACUUUGAUGGCAUCAAGCUAAUCAACUUCCAAGUGAAAUCCCUAACAGUGAUGACGGAGGAGAAUAAAAAGGAUCCUCUGAACCCUCUGUACAUAGGGCCUGAGAAACUAUUGAGUCUGUACUCAGAGAACAACUGGGGAAACUUCUGUCUGUCCUACCUGCUCACCAACAGAGACUACAGCGGAGUGCUCGGGCUCGCCUGGGAGGGAAAGUCUGGUAACUGGGGAGGAAUAUGUUCGAAGCUGACUACCCUCCGUAACGGCAAGACCUCCACCCUGAACACAGGCCUGGUAACGAUUCAGAACUACGGACACUACCCUCCUCCGCGACACGUUCAGCUGACCCUUGCACACGAGCUCGGCCACAGCCUCGGAUCUCCGCAUGAUGAGGGUUCAAACUGUGGAAACCUCGGCUCGUCUGGCGGUAAAGGCAGGUUCCUGAUGUUCCCUCAUGCCACAGACGAGGUGCGUGAAAACAACGACAAGUUCUCGCCUUGCAGCAUUGAACACAUCAGCAAAAUACUGAAGCUGAAGAAGGACGACUGCUUUGUGGUCAGUGAUCAACCAAUCUGUGGAAACCAGAUUGUGGAGCAAGGCGAGGAAUGUGAUGUUGGCCACUACAACACAGAUCCCUGCUGCUUCAGUGCGAAACAGCCUGUAGGAGUCCAGUGUCGACUCAGGCCCGGAAAACCCUGCAGUCCCAGUCAGGGCCUGUGCUGUCGUAAGGACUGUGAGUUCAAGCCAGUGGGUCAGACCUGUGAUGAGGAAACAGACUGUCAGCAGGAGAGUGUUUGCACAGGCCUGUCCCCAUUCUGCCCUUUGCCAAGCAACAAGGAAAACCUGACAGUCUGCAGUCAGGGCACACGGGUCUGCCUGAAUGGGGUCUGUGCUGAGUCGGUCUGUGUAAAGCACAACCUGCAGCAAUGCGACUGUCCAGGAGACUCCAUGAAGGAGAAAUGCCACAUGUGCUGCCAGCAGCCCGAGAAGCCUGAGACGUGUGCCAGCACCACCUCCUCCGUGCUGUCCCGUCACUUCCAGAAAAAGACGCUGCCCCUGGUUGGUGGGGCUCCGUGCUCAGGGAACAAGGGAUACUGUGACAAAUUCCAAGUGUGUCGUCUGCUAGAUGCAGACGGUCCUAUUGCAAGACUAAAAAACUCCUUCCUCAACUUGGACGACUAUGAUGACUUGGCAGAGUGGAUGAAGGCUCACUGGUGGGCCAUCCUGCUGGCUAUCCUGACUGUGUCUGCAAUCAUGGGCUGCACUGUCUGCCUCUGUGGGCGCACUCUCGACACAGAUGACCUGGACUGACCUCUGAGUCUUAACUCUGUCACCUCCUGUAAUAUGAGUGUGGUCCUGAUGACGCACACACUCUUUUAAAUUGACUGGGUAACAUUGAAGAAGAACUUGUUCAACUUUGCCCCACAUGUGCACAAGCAUGUCAUCUGCAUACAGCUUUAUUAAAACACUCACACCUGUUGUGCAACGCCUCUCAGUCUGAUUGAUUGCUAAGAUGUUUGUAAGGAAUUAUACAUCUGUCAUUUCAUUCCUCUGUGUGACUUGUCAUCAUGCAGGCAGGGUCUACUGUGAUGCAAGUGCCACUGUUGCUGCCAGCUGUGGGUCAGUUGACCCCCUUUGGAGGCCGCUUAACCUCAUACACCUACAGCAGUCAAAACCCCCCCUGCUCUAGGAAAGACCAAUGGGACUCUCCCCUUUUUUGCCCUUCAGUGUCCUAGGUGAUAUUUCUGAACCUGAGUGCUAAUUUGAUUUUAGCUUUGAUGUCCAUCCAGCUUUCCCCACACCAAGACUGUAUCAGCGAUAACACUGCCACAGGAGAUUGAAAGGACAAGUUGAUACCUUUGAUUCUCUAGAAAGGACUUUGGGCCUGAAUAAUUGUUGUUCACAAUGCUGUGUGGGAAAAUAUGCUAUUUUUAUUCAAUAAAGGGAAAAUGUACAUUUCUGAGAGCACUCAUUUUUUGGUUAAUAGUCUGCACUGAAUUCAAGUUAGUAAAGCCCUAUAAGUUCUUGUACUUAUUCAACUUAAUACUAUUGAAACAUUUGAUUCUGUAAUGUCCAUUACAUCAUUGUUUGUCAUUGUCUAUUUCAUUAGUUUUUAACUGGUGGGUUGGGAUCUAAAAGUGGGUCAC